CCGCGGCCGCGGUCGCGGCGUCCGUCCGCGACGGAUUCGAUCCGAACAAGAUCUUCGCGCGGGAGAUGUCCGGGUGUGGACUCCCGGUGACGUACGAGAGCAGAGGCACGGGCGGACGCUCCUCCAUCAGCGGGAUCACGUCCACGGUGUUCGGCGCGACGGGGUACCUCGGACGGUACGUCGUGAACCACCUCGGCAAGAGCGGAUCGCGGAUGAUUCUCCCGACGCGGUGCGGCGACAACGCGAAGCAGCACCUGAAAGUCAUGGGCGACCUCGGUCAGAUCGUGGAUCUCGCCGGGUUGAAGAUCCGGGACGAUUCCGCGAUCAAGUACGCGGUCGAGCGGUCCAACGUCGUCGUGAACCUCCUCGGCCGCGAGUGGGAGACGCGGAAUUUCUCCUUCGACGACGUCCACCGCGACUUCCCGGAGCGACUCGCGCGGAUCUGCAAAGAGCUCGGCGUGGAGCGAUUGGUCCACGUCAGCGCGCUCGGUGCCACGUUGGACCACCCGUCGAAGUACUACCGCACGAAAGCGGAGGGGGACGAGGCGGUGCGCGCGGCGUUUCCGAACGCCACCGUCGUCAAGCCCGCCAAGUUGAUCGGCACGGAGGACCGACUGCUCAACGUCUUCGCGGAGCACACGUGCAAGUUCCCGGUGCAGACGCUGAUCGACGACGGCGGGAGCAAACAUCAGCCGGUGUACGUCGACGACGUCGCGCUCGCGAUCCGAGCGAUCGUGCACGACGAGAGCACCGCGGGGAGGACGUUCGAGCUGUGCGGCGAAAAGAUUUUGACGAUGGAGGACAUGCUGAAGAUGACGCAGAGCAUCAUUCGCGCGCAAAACGCGUCGAGGAUCGUCUACGUGCCGAGCUUUAUUCUCAAGAUGCUCGCCGCGCCGCACGAGUUUCUGCUGAACCGCGUGCCGUUCCCGCUGCCGACGCCGACGGGGCUGACGCGGUCGUACAUCGACGCGCAGGGCGAGGAUUACCUGAAGGAUCCGAAAUCGGAGGGGUUUAAGGAGCUCGGCAUCGUCCCGGCGAAGCUCGAGGGCGUCGUGAUCGAUUACCUUCGCGCGUUUCGGUUCGGCGGGUACGACGUCGGGGCGACCGCGGGGCAGGGGUCGGAGUGAUCGACGAUUCGUUCGUUCGAUUUCAUGUACGUAGACUAUCAUCAAAUUCGGUCGUUGUAACACAGAAGAGCACUCAGAAAUG